AUGGCAAAAAGAAAAUAUAUGUCAAAAGUUGAUGGUAAAAUAAACGUAGGAGAAAAGUACCAAGCAAAAAUUCCGAAUUUAAUUAUAAGAGAAUAUAAUAAUUUAGAUAUAAAUAAUAAAACUGAUAAAUUAACAAAAUAUUCAAAAGAAACAACAAAAAAAAAAAAAGCAAAAAUUGAAGAAAAUGACGACUAUUUAUAUAAUUCAAAUAAUGAAAAUACAAAUAAAGUAGUUGAUUCUAUUUAUGAUUAUGAUGAAAAGGAAACAAGAAAAAAUGACGUGAAUGAAAGUGAGAUAAAUGAAAAUAAAAUAGGUGAAGAAGAGAUAAGUGAAGUAGAAACAAAUGAAAAUGAAUCUAAUGAAAAUGAAUAUGAAUCAGAUGAAAAUGAAAUAAAUGAAAAAAUGAAUGUAAACAAAUUCGAUAAUGAUGAAAAUGAAGGUAAAAAAAAUGAAAAUGCAUCUGAUGAAGAUGAGUUGAAUGAAGAAUCAAAUGAAGAAAAUAGAGACGAUGAAGAAAACGAAGAAAACGACGAAGAAAGUGAAGAAGAAAACGAUGAAGACAGUGAAGAAGAUAAUGAUGAAAACGAAGAAAAUAAUGAGGAAAAUGAAGAAGAUAAUGAGGAAAAUGAAGAAGAUAAUGAGGAAAAUGAAGAAGAAAAUGAGGGAAAUGAAGAGGAAAAUGAAGAAGAAAAUGAAGAGGAAAAUGAAGAAGAAAGUGAAGAAGUCGAAGAGGAAAGCGAAGUUCAAGUAAGUGAAGAUGAAGAUGUGAUAAAUAUAAAUGAAAAAAAGUAA